CUUAUUAAACACGUGAGAUGAACCAAUGCUGAAAGAAAUCCGGUGUUUUCAGUGUAGUCAGAAUAAGUUGUUGAAGUGUCCAGUCUCAAUAAGAGAAGUUUUACAAUUAUGGGUUUGAAAAGCAAGGAUCUGAAAGGAAAGCCCGAGGAAGAUUUUGAUCUCUCAGACAGUGAUGAUGAUCAUGAAAUCCAUGUUGGGGAUGGAUUUAAUUUCCUGUUACAUCCUGUCAAUGAAGCUGAUGCUGACAAUGAUAAUGAUGACCAAGUGGCUGAUAUUGAUGAGGAUGAAAGUUAUGGUGACUUAGACUAUAAUAUCGCUGCUAUUCAUAAUAAUGAGGAUAAUGGCAGUUCAGAUGAUGAUGAUGGGGAUGGAAGUGAUGAUGACGAUAAUAGGAAAAAGAAAAAAGUAUCAGAAGUGGUUUCUUCUCCAUCUGACAGUGAAGAUGAGGAUAAUGAAGAUGAUGAUAGCGUUGAAGAGGACAGUGGCGAGGAGGCAGAUGAUUUGUCUGAUGACUUGAAUGAGGGUUCAGCUGAUGAUGAUGAAGAGCUUGUGUUCAAAACCACUGGCUCAAAGAAAGGCAAGAAUUUAAAACGUAAACUAGAUGAGCCUGUGUCAGACUGCCCACAGUUAGGAUCACAAUCUGCAAGCAAGAAAACAAAAGUUGACUCUGUACUCUUUACUCCUCCUUCUAAUGAAGAACUUCAUCAGUUGAAAGAAGCAGAAAAUCUCUUCCAUUCCAGUCUUUUUAGGCUGCAGUUGACAGAAUUACUAAAUGAAAUCCAACUAAAGGAGAAGAGGAAAAAAUUGAUAGAUGAAGUUCUACAUGGACUGAAGAAAGUACUCACUGAGCUGCCUGAGGGGAAACAGCAUGAGAUAAGCAAUCAAAAAUGGGUUGAGAAGAAGAAAAUUAAAGUGCCCCUAAUACAGCAGCCCUGGGGUGUCAAGGGCAAAUUCUGUUUCUACCCUCCAUCAAAAGUGAAGGUUACUGGGAGCUACCUGCUAGACACCUGUCUGAAGUCUGAUGUGCAGGUGGACCUGGCCGUGGAAAUGCCUCAGCUGUGUUUUCAGCCCAAAGAUCACUUGAACCACAGGUACCUACGUAAACGAGCUCUCUACCUCACCUGUCUGGCAACACACCUGAGGAAAUCGGAUCUCGUUAAUGACAUGAAAUUUACAUAUCACCAUGGCAAUCAUUUCAAGCCUAUUCUUGUUCUGAAUAUGCAAGCUGGCACAGGGAAGUUCUUCACUGUCAACCUGCACGCAGUGCCAGAACCUGGUGUGUUCAAACUGAACAGAUUUUCUAUCACAAAGAACAAUGUUCGCCAGCAGUGGUUUUCUGGGACAGAAUCAGAGACUACAACAAAUGAUGAGAGUCAACCACCAACUCCAUAUUACAAUACAGCCAUACUCCAGGAUGUGACAAUGAUGUCACAACUUGAGCAUGUGUACAAAACUCUGCAGAAUUCCCCAGGGGUGAGGGAAGGGGUGUGCCUACUUAAAGUCUGGCUCAGACAGAGAGAGCUCUACAAGGGUUAUGGAGCAUUCUCCGGAUUUAUCUUGUCCAUGUAUAUCAGUUACUUGCUGUCCAUCAAGAAAAUAAACAGGCUGAUGAGCUGUUAUCAGGUUGUGAGGAGUGCUUUGCUGCAUCUCUCUCAGUCUGAUUGGACGACAGAGCCAUUGACCUUGCAUUCUGACCUUGGUGACCCUCAUUGUCCUACAGCAGUGGAGUUCUAUCAGCACUUUGAUGUGGUCUUUAUUGACAAGACAGGUUAUGUGAACCUUUGUGCUGAGUGGACCAGGGAUAUGUUCUUCAGGGUAAAACAUGAAGCCAGCUUAAGUCUGAAAGCCCUAGAUGACAGAGAAGUUGAUGGAUUUGAAUCUCUCUUUAUGAAGCGAGUUCCAUUUCUUCAGAAAUUUGAUCAUGUCUUUCACAUUAGUCACUUGGAUACCUUGAAAGAGGCAGUUGAACUCCUGAAUAUGGAAGACAGAUAUCUUGACAGGGGAGGAAACUGUGUAAGCGCAUGUUUAUCUGCCCUACUGGAACUUUUGUACAAGGCUUUGGGACAGAGAGUACAUCUGAUUCAGGUCAAAAGUCAACCAGCCCCACAGUGGUCAAUAGAUGAAGAUGCUCCGAAGUGUGUGCACAACAGGCUGAGUGUUGGACUGUCAUUGAACCCUGAACACUCCAGCAGUGUGUUAGAGAGGGGACCGCCUGCAGAUUCUGUUCAGGCCAAGGAGUUUCGUAGCUUUUGGUGUGACAGAUCAGAAUUACGGCGAUUCCAAGAUGGCGGUAUCUGUGAGGCAGUAGUGUGGUCCGGGAAAACUGUAUCAGCCAAACGGUUGACACCUUCUUUAGUCAUCAAGUAUAUUCUGAAAAGGCAUGCUGGGAUACCAAAGAAGAAUGUGACAUACAUUGGUGGUCAGUUUGACGGCAUCCUGAAUGAUAGCCAUGAGGACCUCCGUUCACAUUCGGUAACCACGGGCGAGGAAGGUCACAUGACUGUGUUAGCUAGCUACGAGGAGCUUUGUAAGCUUUUACGGAGCUUUGACGACCUGCCACUCACCAUUAACACAAUCCAAGGGACAUCACCCAUCUUCCGAUUUACAGAGGUUUUUCCUCCCCAUGCAUUCUCAUCAGGAGACAAGACUAAUUUUAAUCAGUCAAAAGCCCUCAAAGAUUUGCCGACAUGGACUCCUGUCCACAGAGUGGUUUGCUUGUUGGAGGGCAGUGGAAAAUGGCCAGAAGAUAAAGAUGCCAUCAGGAGACUAAAAGCUGCAUUUUAUAUCAAACUGGGAGAGCUGUUGACAGAGAAGAAUCUACAGGUCAGAGUUCGGCCAGACCAUGUCGAUGUUUGCAGGGAUGGCUUUGUUUUCCGCCUGAAGAUUGCUUAUCUCCAUGAAAUCACUGUGCUGAAGACAGUCAAGACCCCAGAUGGGAUGGUGCAGAUGAGGGACACCGCCGAGUCAGUGGAGCUUGAGAGGGAAGUGGUCAGUCUGCCCAAACUGACCAGUACACUGCAUGGCAUUCAGCAGAGAUACAACACUUUCAGUGUGGUGGUCCGCCUGGCUAAGCGCUGGUUGUCAGCUCACCUGAUGUCAGAUUACCUGAGUGAGGAGGCUUUGGAGCUGAUAGUGGCUCACCUGUACAUCACACCUGCCCCAUUCUCAGCUCCCAGUUCUCCUGUGUGCGGGUUGUUGAGGUUUUUGAGCCUUAUGUCACAGUUUGAUUGGAGAACUAAUCCACUCAUGGUCAAUCUGAACCAGGCGUUCACCAAAAAGGAUUAUGCAGAUAUCCCGUCACACUUCACUAAAGAGCGUGCCAUUUUCCCAGCCAUGUGUAUCAUGACGCCAUUGGACAAGACCACAUCACCCUGGACACGAGAGAAUCCGCCAGCCCAAAUAGUUCACCGUGUCACUGUAUUGGCUCGAGAGUCCCUGACCUUACUGGAGUCGCACCUGACUCAGGGGUCACAGAUGGAUUAUAAGCAAGUGUUCCGUCCGCCUCUGGACAUGUAUGAUGUUGUGAUACAUCUGAGACCCAAACAUCUUCCCAGAAUUCAUCAGGCAGUUGACCAGACCCCUAAUAUCAUCCAUGGUUGCCAUAGUAACACAAAUUCCCAAGAAGGAUUUCCAGUGACGGAAUUUGAUCCUUUGAGAUGUUAUGUUCAGGAGUUAAGGGACACUUAUGGCGAUCUGGCUUUGUUUUUCCAUGACACAUAUGGUGGCAACCUUGUGGCUGUGCUGUGGAAACCCCAAACCUUUCAGCCUCAACCAUUUAAGGUGACCCAGUUGAAUGCUCGGAUGGUUGACAUGAACUCCGCUUCACACAAGGAGGUGAAGACUUUACCCAACAUGGAGGCUGUGUUAGAGGAUUUCCGUGUGCUCGGAGGCGGCCUUGUGGAGCAACUCGACAUACGAACUGAGAAAUGGAAAGAUUAAUGUCAAAUUUCAGGAAAAAGAAUGUUGAAUCACUGUGGAUAUGUGUGAAUUUCACAGAAUGGUGUCUUGUGCCUCAUGUGUUAGAGUUUAAUACAUACAUUGUAGUUAUAUAGGAGUAUGUUAUAUGUGGGAACAUAUUUGAUUGGCUGUUUAAUGGUGGAUAUAUUAAUUAUGUUUGCCUUGUAAUUAUGAAUCCAAUUGAAUCAUUGUUUAAUGGUUGAUAUAUUAACUGUGGAUAGAAAGUGUUAUGUGUAUAUCUUUAUGGUUAUGCUAUACAUGUGAAUGUACAUGUACAUGAAUCACUGUUUAAUGGUUGAUAUAUUAACUGUGGACAGAAAGUGUUAUGUGUAUAUCUUUAUGGUUAUGCUAUACAUGUGAAUGUACAUGUACAUGAAUCAGUGUUUAAUGGUUGAUGUAUUAACUGUGGACAGAAAUUCCCUUGGUUGUACAUAGAAUGUACAUAUAUAUAUAGCUGUCAAGAAAGCAAUCCCAUGGUGGGGGGAUGUAAUUAUCAAAGUGUCAAAUGAGGCAAGGGUCCAGGGUUCACCUAAAAAAAUAGCUGCUCUGAAAAAAAAAGAAAAUAAGGGAUGGGUGAUGUUGAGACUCAGCCUGACCCAGAAACUCUUCAAAUAUCCCCCCCCCAACCACCAUACCCUGGAUUCUGUAAAUCUUAGGUUCAACAAACCCUGCUCAUGGAUUAUGACAGUUGUGCAAAAAUUAGUUCUGAACAUAGUUGUAUUAUAAAGAGAGAAAAUAAA